CACAAUAAACGGUAUACUUCAACCAAAUUCUACUCCACAUUUUCCGAUAUGGCAUUAACAAUUGCCGUUGCAAUUACCGUUUGCCUCGCCUUGGUGACAAGUGUCAGUGCUGAAGAAUGCGGCCAAGAGGAAUUCACAAAAUGUGCUGAACCUUUAGAGAUGUUGCAUUUAACAUCGGAAUUUUCUAUUGGUGCUGCCAAAAAAGAGGAACUGGAUAAACUCUGUGUUGAACUACGUAAAGGAGUCCGCUGCAUACAGAGCUAUACCCGACGCUGCAUGGAUCUCCAGCAACGCAAUCAAUUCAACAAAUUGUAUCAUGGCACUAAUCAAUUCAUACGGGAUCUGUGUAACAAGGGCGAAUUUCAAGAUGAAUACCUGAGACAUGCACCAUGCUCACAAAAGGCUAAGAAAGAAUUCGAAGUAUGUGCCAAUCGUUAUAAGGAAACAAUGCUAUUCCUGAAGCCUAAUAACAAUCAGGAAAACCAUGAAAAUAUCACCCUCAGUGAGAACAUUAAAACGAUAUGCUGCUCUAUCAAUGAACUUGUCGACUGUUCCGAAAAUGCUGCUAAAAAGAUAUGUGGGCCUGAUGCUGCAAAAUUUACACGUGAAUUAGUCGAUAAAUACGCCAACAGCUUAACCAGGAUUUACUGCGAAGAUUUUACACGACAUCCGGGAAUUUGUCGCAACGGUGAAGGCGAUGCCGGUACAGCUUUACACAGUUCUUGGCAACAGAUAAUGUUGCUAAUGGCAGCACUCUUCUGCCUGGUGACCUAUCAACAGAACCAAUGGCUACAAAGAUAGAUGGCAUUGCAUAUUUCUUUUUAUCAUCCGUUAAGUUAGUUGCAACAGGAGUAGUAGUUUUUAAACAAAACCAGAAAACACAAACGACAACAACAACAAAAACAAAAGUGCGAUGGGUUCUAUUUUCGGAAGAAAUAAAAGUUGU